AUGGCUCUUGCGCAGCGGGGUGGCGCUGGGCAGGUCGGGCUGGCUGCGCUGGAGGGCGUUGCUGAGUUCUACCUCCUCAUCGCGGCCUUCGUCCUCGUCACCGUGGUCGCCACUGUGGUGGCCGCCUGCUGCUGCUGCCUUCUCAGGUGCGCCUCCGGGACUGGUUGGGCUCGCCUCCGCGCGCAGCCUGCCCAUGGCGUUCCGCUGCAGGAGUUGCAGCUGCCCCGGCAGCCUCAGGGCCGCCCCCUCGGCGAGCUCGCAGAGUUCAUCCGGAUGGGAGGCGAGCCCGCACUUGCCGAGGCUGCUCGCGACCUGGGCGUGCCCCGCAACGUGGUGCAGUCGUGGUGGGACCGCGCCGCCCGGCGGGGGCCCCACGCCCAGCAUGAUGAUGCUUUGGCGGCCACAUCCCUGGGUGGAUGGCUCCGCGACCUCACGGAGGAGGGCAUCGAGCCUCACCCAGGUCCUCUCGGCGGCUUCAUGGCGGAAGUCCGUGCGAUGGUGGACGCGCAUGCGGCUGACGCCGAAAUGGUCCAGCCGCUGCCCAGGCCAGAGCUGCGGCAGAUCCGGCGGGACCUCGAGGAGCGCGUCCAAUGCCUUGAGCGGUUCGCGCAGCUCCGCGCGCUGGUGGAUGCGCAGGCGGCCGUUGCUCUGGAGGCUCGUUGGCGAGACCAGCCAUACGAGACACUGCCAGAGAUCCAGCGGGACUUGGCAGAGCGCAUCCUCUCCUUGGAGGUUGCACUGGGGGAGGGGCCUGGCCCUCCCACGCCAGUGCCUGUGGAGGACUGGCCCACGCCGGUGGCGGACAGCGAGUAUGCGAGCAUCGCCGACGAGCAGGAUGCGCGGCAGCGCCGGCGCGUGCUGCACGAGCUGAAGGAGCUGGUGCCGGAGGAGGUGCAGGAGGCAGUCCUGCGGGGCCCCCAGGCAGUGGACCAUCCCAGGGUGACCUGGGCACGGAGGCUGGGCAGCACCCAGAGUGCCGGCAGCGCCUUGCAGCCGUAUGUCCAGGCUGAGGAGGCGCUGGCGGUGCAGGCGGCGAUUGACCUCGUCAAUGCGGUGAUCGACGAGCAGGCCGGCCAGCUCCAGGACGACCGCGUUGCCCAGCGCUGGCGCGCGCGGGGUUCCGAGGAGUGCGUGGCGUGCUCCGUGAAGCCCCCCCGCGACAAAUGGGGCUACAGGGCGUGCACCGCGGGCAGCCAGGUGCGCCUCCUCUCCCUGCUCCUCUUCCUGCAGGGCGGGACGCACGAGCCCAUGGGCAACCAGGCGCUAGUCCAGAGCAGGACCCCGGCCCAACUCCGGCAGCGCAUCGGCAUUGUCUUCCGCGACCUCCUGCAGAAGCACGUGGCAGCGGAGUCUGCGGCAGCACGCCAGGCGACGGGAUGGAACGUUGCUGAGGCCGUCCAGGCCUCGCAGCUUCUAUGGAUUGCGCCAGCCCUUCUUCUUCGACACCGCCGUUCUGCGCGCACGGACGUGUUCGAGGCCGACCCGGAGCCUGCUGGCACCGACGCCAUAGGAUUCCACGCGCUGGUCAGGCAGCGCCUGCAGGCGGCGGAGGCUGGUGCGGACAAGGCCAGGCCUCCAGCUCACCGCGCCGUGCGGCGCCGGCUGCGGCUCUUGCGGGAUGCAGCGCAGUGCGGCCCUGGUUGUUGGAGGAACUCGUAUCUGAAGGAGGUGGGCGCCGUGGCCAGAGGCAUCCAAGCCUUGGCCCGUUGGGCUCAGAUGUGGAAGCAGGGCAGGGUGCGCGACGUGAGCGUGGAGGUUUGGACGGCUGCGUGCAUCACCCCUGCCGACUGCGGGUGGGCCGCCGCGGAGCCGCCCAGGGCUCCGGAGCGCAAGCUGCGGCCGAUUGCUUGCGCGGAGGUCCUGACCAAGUUUGUGGAGGGCGUCUGCAUCGAUGAGAUCAUGACCAAGCUGCUGCAAGCUUUCGAGCCGCGCCAGCUGGGCUGUGGCACGCGGGACGGAGCGCUCCUCAUCAUCUACCUCGUCCGCAGCUGGGCCAAGUGCGUUGUGGCCGAGGCCGUUCAGGAGGAGGAGGGGGAGACUGAGGAGGAUGACCCUGAGGUGCUUGCGAGCAUAGACCUGGAGAACGCCAACGGCCGUGCAUUCAGGUCGUCAUGCCUGAGAGGCUGCCGGCACCGCGCGCCGGAGCUCGCGGCCCUGGCUGCAACCCAGUGGCGACCAGGACGCACCACAGUAUGGCAGCGUGCAGGUGGGCACUGGCGGGAGUCAACCUCCUCGCGCGGCGGGUGGCAGGGCACGCGCCUCAUGCAGAUCCUGUUCGCCAUGGGAUUGGAGGCGUACGACGGCGCAGACGAUGCCCAGCUCCCGCUGCACCUGCGCCGGCUUGCCGAGCGCAUCCCGCGCGCGCGGGGAGGCAUACCGCUGCUUGGAGGCGCCGCGCAGGGAGACCUUGCAGGGAGACCUUGCCGUCCAGCUCAGCAGGGAUGGGCCUCUCGUCCAGGCGGCGGCGAGCUGGGCGUGCAAGGCGGGUUCUCUGCCGCCCACCCGGGGAUCACGUCUGGCCACUUGUUUUUUUUCAUGCUGUCCAAGUCGGUAGCGCAUGCUCUUUCAUAUGAUGCUCGCUUGGUGCCGUCUCCGGCGCUGGGUGCAGUAGCCGAGCCUGUGCGCGACCGGAUGGAGCACAUAGUCCAGGACAUGAUUUUCGGCAAGCGCGUCGAGGCCGCUGCCGUCACGCAGAUGCGCCUUGCCGGCGCCUUCGGCGGCAUGGGUCUCAGGCGCGAGGCGGCGGGCAGCACGGCGGACGCGGCCUUCUGGGCGGCCUGGGCCGCCAUGCAGGCCCGGAUUCCGGUGUUCGCUGCUGCGCUCGGCGUCUGGAUUGACGGUUGCGCCGGGGCGCUGGACGCGGGGGAGGCGCUGAGCCGGCUGGGGGCGGCAGGCGUGACUGUGGACCUGCAAGGCGGGGUUCGGUUCACACCUGCGGCGGCGGCCGAAUACGCCGGCGGCCCCUGGUCAACGGACGCCCCUGCGGACGCCCUGGGCGCGCUCCAGCUGCACGCGGGCGCGUCGGCUCCAGAGGUGGCCCCCGGUGCUGGCGCGGGCGCCCUGUGGAUCCAGAUGCCCAGUGCACCGGCGGAGUGGUUUCCGAGCUCGUUCUUCAGGGCGGCUUCCCUGAGACGGCUUGGCGCCGUGGGGGCUCCCAGAGGCGCUACUUGCCGGAUCCCGCGCCGCGGGCAGGAUGGCACUGAGGUGCGCGGGCAACCCAUGGACACCAUUCUCAGCCACCAGCAGCUCUGCAAGCAGGGCCCUGCGCGCAUGCGCCCCCGCCGGGCGCUUUCGCACGCUCUUGCCCAGGUGUUGCGGGCAUGCCGCGCAGAGGUGGACAUCGAGCGCGUGGUCCCCGAGCUCGUGCGGGUUGGUGACACCGGCGUCGUCAAGGAGGCCGUGAUGGACCUGGCGGCGACGUUCCCUCGGGGCGUGCAGCCCUUGUACAUCGACGUCGCGAUCCGCUGCCCCCACGCCGCCCGGUACGCGCAGGCGGCAACCACCCCUGGGCAGGCAGCCGCCGCGGCCGUGGCAGAGAAGAGGAACCGCUACGGCACCGACGUCAUGCCCGUGGUCUUCGAGACGUACUGGAUAAUAGCGCCUGAGACGGCACGCUCGCUGGAGCUCAUCGCCGCGCACGCCGGCUGUUGCUUGCGCGACGCACUGGCCGCGCCGAGGUUGGUGCCCAAGUGGAGGGCCACGCUGGAGCGAAUUGUCCAAUUCGCAGCUGCUGACGUCGACUUGCUCGCCCUCGGCACCGACCCGAUCGCCGCCGAGGUGAGGCGUCUGUCGGAAAAGGGCACCGCUCUUCCCCCCCCAUUGAUCGCCCCCUACGAAUUCGCGUCGGAGUUGUCCCUCUUCGACACCCCGGCUCCGCGGCGCCGCGCCCGCCGCCCCGCCGCCGCGCCUCUGGCGGCCGGGGCGAUGGCGAAGUUGCCGGCCGUCCGGGCGGAGGGCGCCGACACGGCGCAGUGGCUGUCCCCAGACGACAUCGCCGAGGUCGCUCGUCGACGUCUUCUCGCAGAACGGGAGAAGCUGCUUGAGCGCAAACCUCUGGAGGCAUUCCGUCUGCAGCCACGGUUCAUUCGACCCGAUUUUGCCAGCCUGAAGUACACCAUCCUCACCGGAGUCGCCCCCGGCGUGUUCUUCUGCCGGUACAUCAUGACGUGCGACGCGCUGCGUCGACAGGCGGAGCCCGACGCCGCCAGGGUGGUGGACGAGAUGGUCGAACUCUGGCAGGAAGGUCGUCGAGACCACCGUGAGGGCGGUGGUGGACAGGAACGCGGACCGUCUG